AUGGCUGGAUUGUGGCAGCAGCUCGGCUCCCUGCGGCACUUUCGGGCGCUGGCUCUCCUCCACUACUUCAUCUGUCUUCUCUACCCGCCCUCAGGUGCUCUCCGCUUGGACACAAAUGCCAGUCCGCCCCCGUUGGAGGGGUUUGAGCUGGUGAAGGGGAAUUUCUCUCGCAUUUUCCUCCGUGUUGGCUACCAUAAGAUUGGAGAGAUUCCUGCAGGAGCACGCAACAUCAGCAUACAGGAGACUGUAAAGAGCAGAAACUACCUGGCUCUGCGGACACACUCUGGCGUCUCCAUCAUCAAUGGAAACUGGGUGAUCGACAGGCCGGGGAUCUUCACUGCUGUGGGAACGCAGCUGACUUACCAACGACCCAAUGAAAUCCGCUCUCGCAACGGCGAGUCCAUCACGGCACCCGGACCACUCACUGAAGACAUACAUGUUUAUUUGAUCUAUCAGCAACCAGGUCCCAGUGUAUUCUAUGAAUACAGUGUGCCAUUGAAAAACACACACCCGACUUCUGAGCCGGUCACACCUCCUGAUAUUCUGCCCCUGGUUCACACGGUAGCUCCAUCCCACUCAGGUGAGAAGGUCGACCAAGAUGAGGUCACCAACAAUGACAUCAUUAAAGAGGGACCCCAGCCCAACCACGUACCCUCUGAACCUAAUGUAUCACCUGGCCCUCGGCCCAGCUACACCUGGGCAAAGAGUGGACAUGCAGAGUGCAGCACCACUUGUGGCACUGGCAGGCGCCAGGUACUGUGGGAGUGUGUUGAGAAAGACUCCCAGGUGACUGUUCCUGCUGACCUCUGUGACCCCGCCCUUCAACCGACACACCGGGAAGAAGAAUGCAACACGCAGUCAUGUCCCGCAUACUGGGACGUGGGGGAGUGGUCAGAGUGCAGCAGGAGUUGUGGCCCUGGCACUCAGCAGCGCCAGGUCAUCUGCCGCCAGGUCACUCACAUCCACGCCAACGGGACAGAGACCUCAGUGACCGUGGCACCGAAGCUGUGCGGACUGUCUGAUAUGCCGGUGACCAAGUCAACAUGUCAGCUGAAGAUCUGUAGCCAGUGGGAGAUCCGGUCUGAGUGGAGCCCAUGUUCGGUGCCCUGUGGGGUGGGCCAGCGCAGCAGGGAGGUGGUGUGUAUGAGCAACCAGGGUGAUGUGGAGGACGACACAGAGUGUAACAUGAACCUGAGACCAGACACACUACAGAACUGUGACAUGGGAGCCUGUGCACGCAGCUGGUUCACCUCUCUCUGGAGCCAGCGGUGCUCAGCAGACUGUGGUGGAGGCAAUCGAACCCGGGCAACAGUGUGCCUGACAGAUCACGUGACUGAUCUCCCAUUGGGCAGCUGUGAAGGGGAACGCCCUCCAGAAGUGACAUCAUGUGACUCAGGGCCCUGCCAGAACCGCUUUGAGUGGUACACAGGACCCUGGGGUCAGUGUUCAUCAGAGUGCGGGAAUGGCACACAGACCCGGAGCGUGGUCUGUAUUUUCAACAACAACAGUGUCAUGGAGGUUAUGGACAACUCAAAAUGUUCCGGUGUCUCUCAGCCAAUCACAGCUCAGCCCUGCAGACUGAAACCAUGUGGGAUCCAGUGGUAUGUCACAGACUGGAGUACAUGUUCACGCUCCUGCAACGGUGGCUACCGAGUGCGUGAGGUGCGGUGUCUCACCGACAACAUUGCUCCCAGCGAGCAGUGUGACCCAAGUUUGACGCCAGAGAGCCGAGAAGAAUGCAACAAACAACCUUGUAAAGCUGAAAUAGAUCCGUCCUGCAGUGACCAGUAUCAUAACUGCGUGGUGGUGGUUCAAGCCAGACUCUGCAUUUAUCCAUACUACAGGAGUGUCUGCUGUGACUCCUGCUCCAGCGCCCAGAAAUCAUACCCCAAAUUGUUUCAAGAGAACUACAUCCACAGGUGAUGGAACUACAGAUAGGUUCAAUAAACCAAAUGUCACA